UGGAAGCCAGCAGUGAACUAGGAAGUGGCUAGCAGGCUUAGCCAGCGAAGGAUCAUGAGCAGCUGAGAAUCUUGCGUGUUUCCACAGAAGGGCAGGAUGGGCAGGCAGAGGAAGAGGGUGGUGACAGGUGAUGCUUCUCCCUACUCAAGGAGAGACGAGAGGCCCUCUGCACUUAAUCGCAAAGAGAAAAAAAAGAAAACAGACAUUGGAAAAUUGUUCAUCAAUAUCUCCAUUGGGCUCUGCAUAUUCAGCCUCAUGUGGUUCUUCUAUGCCGUCUACAUGCGAUCCAGUCUGUCGAAGCGUGUAGUGACUCUGCAUCCAUCAUCUCGCGUUCUUGAUGCCAAUAGCACCACUGCAAAGGUUUCCUCAGAGAGGUUCUGGGGCUCAUACAGGCCUCAGGUCUACUUCGGCAUGAAAACAAGAAGCCCCAGGUCUGUUGUGACAGGGAUGAUGUGGAUGCGGCAGUUUUCCAACUCGGACAUGAACCUGAGGCAUACUUGUGAGCAGGGCGAUCGUUUGCAAGGCUACAGCUGGCUCAUGCACGACGGAUUGACUUUCGGCGUCCAGGAAAUGCGAGAUAACGACUUCACCCUAACCACUGAGUUUGUUAAGCGGAUUGGUGGGGAUCAUGGAGGAGACUGGACCUGGAGGAUCACAGCCAAACAGCAUAGCUCAGCUCCCCAGCCUCCGGUUAUAUCCCUGAUGUUUUACGCCGCAGCAGACACGCAGGGCUCGCUGCAGACUCACAUGGAGGAGAAGAAUCGCCUUGCUUCCAUCACUGGUUUUUCAGAGGAACUGGGAAACUUUAAGAUCACUUUUAGGAAGCCUGUCACUGGGGAAUUAUCCAGCACAAAAUAUGCCAGUUACAACUAUCUUCAAACCUUGUCUCCUGGUUUAGAGAAGCUGACUGACAUUGUGAAGCUCAGUCUGAACCGCAGGUUUGUCUUCAGCCCUCCAUCUGGUGAGAAGAGGCAUUACAUAGGUGUGGACACCUACAAGCCGCCCCAUCACCAGAACCAGCAGAAAGCUGCUGACCCACGGAAAGAAAGCGACUUUGUGGUCCACCAGGUGACCGUUCAGACGCCUUUCCAGAUUGAAGUUCUGUUUGAGUCUGGAAGUUUCUACAAUCGCCCCAACCAGCUCGUCGGUUCUAUCAUGACUCAGGAGCUGGAAAGGAGGAAAGCUGAGUUUAAUUCGAAGUUUGAGAAAAUAUUUGGACUAGAGAGUAAAGGUUUUAGUCAGACGCAUAUCAAAUUUGCCAAAGCAGCGCUCAGCAACAUGUUGGGUGGAAUGGGAUAUUUUUAUGGAGAGUCAGUGGUGCAGUCAGUCUACAAUGAAUACCCUCUCCUGUACCCCGGAGGUGCUUUAUUCACUGCUGUACCGUCACGCUCUUUCUUCCCCAGAGGCUUCCUCUGGGAUGAGGGAUUUCACCAGCUGCUGCUGAGUAAGUGGGAUCCUCAGCUGACCAGAGAGGUGAUAGGCCACUGGUUUGACCUAAUGAACAUUGAAGGCUGGAUCCCCCGUGAGCAGAUUCUUGGAGACGAGGCUCGCAGUAAAGUCCCAGCUGAAUUUAUUGUUCAGCGGAACGAAAAUGCGAACCCACCUACCCUCUUCUUAGCUCUGCAGGAACUAAUUGAACAGCUCUCUUCAAAGUCAGAUGAGGCAGCAACUAGACCAACCCUGCCUUUCCUUCGAAGGCUGUUCCCCAGGCUGAAGACCUGGUUUGAGUGGUACAACACCACACAGACGGGGCCAAAGCCCAACUCAUACCGCUGGCGUGGACGAGACAAGGACACUAACCUGUACCUUAAUCCUAAAACUUUAACCUCUGGACUGGAUGAUUACCCAAGGGCCUCUCAUCCCUCCGCAGACGAGCGGCAUGUGGAUUUGCACUGCUGGAUGGCCUUGUCCUCAGGCAUCAUGGCCAGCAUAGCUCAACUUCUAGGCGAGCCCCACCAGGACUAUAAAGUCCUGCACGAUGUGCUCAGAGACAACAACCUGCUCAAUGACCUUCACUGGUCAGAGCAACUCCGUGCCUUCAGUGACUAUGGCAACCACACACAAAACGUCUCCUUGCAGCGGGAGAAGGUGUACGUACCGCCCGGACAGCCCCGCCAUCAGUUUCCCGUGGCUCGUCUCGUACGCUCCGUCCGCAGGGCCCCCAAGCUGCAGUACGUCAACGCUCUCGGUUAUGUCAGCUUGUUCCCCUUCUUACUCCAAAUCCUCCAGCCCGACUCGCCAAAACUGGAACACAUCCUCCGAGACAUGAGAGACCCCACUAAGCUGUGGACGCCCUUUGGCCUGCGCUCUCUCUCGAAGACUGAUCCACUGUAUAUGGAGAGAAACACGGAGCAUGAUCCCCCAUACUGGAGGGGACCAGUUUGGAUCAACAUCAACUACCUGGCAGUCAGAGCUCUCUAUCACUAUGGUAACACAGAAGGGCCAUACCAAGAGAAGGCAGCUGAUCUUUAUAAGGAACUCAGGACUAAUAUUAUAAACAAUGUUUAUGCGCAGUUUGUCGAAACAGGGUAUAUCUGGGAACAGUACAAUGAUGGCACUGGCAGGGGCCAAGGAAGCCACCCCUUCACUGGCUGGUCAUCCUUGACAGUAUUAAUGAUGGCUGAGCAUUACUGAUGCCCUCUAAUCCAUCUCUUUGUUGCUUUAAUUCAGGCAGCAUCGACUGUUGAGAUGUAAAAAUCUUGACUAUGGUGACAGAAACGAGAAGAGAAAUUACUUCUGUCAUUAUCACAUUUUCAUAUGAACCCUUUAAUAAAAUGACAGAUGUAUAUAUUUCCACCACUGGAAAACAUUUAAACAGGUGUUAGGUGUAGCUCUUGCUGCUGAUUUCCUUAUUGGACAUGCAGCAUAGCCCAAAAUUAUUUUUAGAUUUUGAUUUAGAACACUUUCCACUCAACAAUAUGUGUGGUUCUGAUUUUAAUUUAGACAGACAACUCUCAAAUAAAA